AGAAGAACAUCUCUAACUGGGGUAAAGGCCACUUCGGCUGCUGUCAUCCGUUGGUCACAUUGUUUCCGGAUCGUUUUUUAUUUUUAUACCACAAUUGGAAACUGGACUUGCUUCUGAACUGACUUGAAUCGUCCGUUCACAUUCUCUGCGUUUAAAAACAUAUCUGUAAGAGAAAUCAGACGUUUCAGAAUGUUGCAAAACACAGGAAAGCUAGCUGGGCAAACCCUGUUCAUUACAGGGGCAAGUCGUGGUAUUGGGAAAGCCAUCGCACUCAAAGCUGCUAAGGAUGGUGCCAAUGUCGUCAUAGCUGCUAAAACAGCACAAGCCCACCCCAAACUACCCGGAACAAUCUACACCGCUGCAGAAGAAAUCGAGGCAUUGGGAGGCAAAGCGUUGCCUUGUAUCGUAGACGUCAGAGAUGAGAAGCAGAUUGGCGAGGCAGUGGAACAGGCCGUGCGGAAGUUUGGAGGUAUUGAUAUCCUGGUGAACAAUGCCAGUGCCAUUAAUCUGACGGGAACCCUGGAGACACCCAUGAAGAAAGUGGACCUUAUGUUGGGCGUCAACCUCAGAGGGACCUAUCUGACGUCUAAGCUGUGCAUCCCACAUCUGUUGAAGAGUAAGAACCCUCACAUCCUGAACCUCAGCCCACCGCUUAACCUGAACCCCAUCUGGUUCAAAAACCACACAGCGUACACAAUGGCCAAGUAUGGCAUGUCCAUGUGUGUUCUGGGCAUGGCCGAAGAGUUCAGAGGGUCCAUCGCUGUCAAUGCCUUAUGGCCUAAGACUGCCAUCCAGACUGCUGCUAUGGAAAUGCUAGGUGGUGCGGAGGUGGGUAAGCAGUGUCGCAACGUUGACAUCAUGUCAGACGCAGCCUACGCCAUCCUCGGGAAGCCACGCAGCUACACCGGAAACUUCAUCAUCGACGAGGAGAUUCUGAAGACCGAGGGAAUUAAAGACUUUGAUAUUUACGCCGUCGCUCCAGGUAAUGCACUGCUCCCAGACUUCUUCCUGGAUGAGGCUGAGGCUCUGGUGCAGAACAUGGGGGAUCAGGUUGUCAUCCCAGUGGCUAAGGGUGACUCACGCAGCGCUGCUACCAGUGGGCCCAUAGCAGAAACAUUCAAUAUCAUCAAGGGAGUCCUCAACCCUGACAUUGUCAAAUCCACUGGAGGAGUCUACAAAUUUAACUUGUCUGGUGAGCAUGCAGGAGUGUGGUUCAUUGACAUGAAGAACGGUGGGGGCAGUGCGGGUAGCGGAGAACCCCCAGUCAAAGCUGACGUGGUCAUGACCAUGGACAGCGCCGACUUCACCAAGAUGUUUGCAGGCAAACUAAAGCCUACCAUGGCUUUUAUGUCAGGGAAGCUGAUGAUUAAAGGAGACAUGACCCUGGCUAUCAAGAUGGAGAAGAUGAUGUCCAUGAUGAAGUCUAAACUCUAAAUUAUAACAACGAGGAGAUGCCUAUUCACUACAUCUGGUGCCUUCAAGACAACUGGGAACUUCAUAAAAUAAUAACAAUUAUAAUCUGACUGUUAAAAAUGGUGAUGGAGUGUACCCUCCGACACAUUGGUGCAGCUGGCUUCCGGGUUUGAUGCGUGCUGUGUUAAGAAGCAGUGCGGCUUGGUUGGGUUGUGUAUCGGAGGACGCAUGACUUUAAACCUUCGUCUCUCCCGAGCCCAUACGGGAGUUGUAGCGAUGAGACAAGAUAGUAGCUACUAACCAUUGGAUACCAUGAAAUUGGGGAGAAAAAUUAAACAACAAAAAAUUGUGAUGGUGAGAGGUCGGAGAAUUCAGAGAACUCCACGACGAUGCCUGAAUUUCUGAAUUCGGACGUUAUAGAUUUACAAGUUCCGUGUUGUCUAAAAUGGUACCCUGUAAUAGAGGGAACCCGUGUGUCAUUUGGGACAUACCCAGAAUGUCUAACGAAAUGUGCCAUUUUCCAUCUCUCUGAAUGUGUCCUACUGAACUGUCCCUCCUCCCUCUUCUUCUCUAACCAUGCAGCUUUCUAAUAAACCUGUUCUAAUUGUA